AUGGCGAUUGUUUCAUCAAUGACCAGAUCUUUGGCCCUCCUGGCACUAACUUUCGCGGGUCCAAUACUCGCACUACCGGUUGCUGCUCCAUCUGGAGGUGAAAACGGACAAUAUGAUCGACCUGCAAAUGAGGGAGCGUAUAGUCGUCCUCCAAAUGAAGGAGCAUACACUUGGCAAGCAGCACCAUCGUCGUCGAUCAUCGGAACUCCCGCCGCGCCAUCAGUCAACCCCGAUAUUCCGGUACCAAAUCCGAAUCAAGAACCUAUUGGGGGUGGUAGUCCAACACCUGCCAAUCCUACCCCUACGGCAACCAUUACUGCCACCUCAACUGGAGUUGUACCUUCUCCACCACCAGGCGGGGAAGGAAAACCCGCCGGAUCAAGCACAUCAGAAUCCGGAUCAAAAGAAACCCCAUCUACCGGUGGAGGUGGAGGUUCAGGCGGAGCCGCAAAGCAGGGUAAAGGCACAAUGUUCAAAGGCGACGGCUCCGUCGAAUCCGGCUGGCCAUCCGAGAAAGAAUGGCUCUCCUUCGACGACCUCUGGAAGAACAACCAAUACGCCCUCACCAAGGGCUGCCAACCUAACACUGUCAGUCCCGGCGCAACUGUCAUCCAAAACAAGCCCAAAGAAAUUGAGGACAUCAAAUCCGCCAUCAAAUCCGUCUCCCAAGAAACCGGCGUCGACGACCGAUACAUCCUCGUCGCCAUCCUCCAAGAGUCCAACGGUUGCGUUCGCGUCAAGGGCACUGUCUCCCCCGGCGUCCCCGUCAAGAACCCAGGUAUCAUGCAGUCCCACGAGGGCGAGAACUCCUGCGCUGAUGUCGGCGAGGCGGACUGUCCUACCGAUAAGAUCAAGGGUAUGGUUAUGGACGGUACGGCUGGAACUAAGGCCGGCGAUGGGCUCAAACAGCUUAUGAGCAAGGCGAAGGAGUUGCAUAAGGCCACUGAGAUGAGCAUGCAGGCGUAUGUUGCGAUGAGACUUUAUAACUCUGGCGAGAAUUCGCUGGUGGAGAGUAAUGAUUUGAGUGUGGGUGGGGCUACUAGCAGUUAUUCUUCGGAUAUUGCGAACAGACUCAUUGGAUAUGUCUUCUAG